AUGGUUACCAAAGAGGAGAAAGUAACGGACCUAGGCUCAGAGAAUGAGGAAACUGGAUUUUCCACGGCGUACAAGAAGGAGCAUGUCUUUGAGCAAACUAGGGCACGUAUAACCCAACAAUCAGAGAAACUGAAGGAUGGAGAAACACUAAUCAAUAUCAAGAGAAGUGAUUUGGCUCUGCACACGAAAAAUACAUUCUUAGAAUUCUUCAAUAAUGUCAUUAGGGCAAUGUUCACACCGCAGGAUGAAACAAUCAAGAAAGAAUGGUUCAAAGAUCCCGGUAGUGAAACCAUCCAAGAACUACUGGUAUUUUAUUUCUAUAGGUGCAUUUUGACUACGUUUUACCUUAUCUAUUCCAUUUGCGCAUUAUAUCAAUAUACAAUCAAUAGGCUGAAAGUUUAUUUUUUAAGUUUGGCCUAUAAGUGCAAUGAUGAUCCAAGUGUGAUUAGUGCAGAUGUGAAUAAACUUCCAAAAAUACCACGCCACUUGGCUGUUAUUCUAAACUAUAAGAGUGAACAAGAAGAAGGAGGAGGACUUGAGGGUCUAUGUAAUGAUGGCGCAUCGAUUGCUGCAUGGUGUGUCUCGAGCGGUAUACCAAGUCUAACAAUUUACGAAGUCAAUGGGAUCCUAAACAAGUCAGUUCCCGAACUAACUAAGGCCAUCUUUAAGAAAUUUGAGUCUUACUUUGGUAGUGAAAGUGUUCCAAAUUUCCUGAUAAAAGUUCCACAUUUGAAUUUAUCCUAUUCUGGCAUUGAUGGUGUUCUUGUGGAUAACUCGAGCCAGCCGCAACCUGUGGAAUAUGAUAUUGAGGUCUCAUUGUUGAGCCGAGUCGAUGGCCGGUCAACUAUAGUUGAGAUGACCAAGGUUAUGGCGCAGAUGGUCAAAGCGGGAGAACUAGAUAAGAGACACGUUAAAAUGAAAUUCUUGGACCACGAAUUGAAGCAGUUGAUUGGAGAAGAGCCUGACCUCAUCAUCCUCUUCCAACCAUACUUGGAUUUGCAAGGAUAUCCGCCAUGGCAUAUCAGACUAUCGGAGAUGUACUGGGAACCAGAUAACGAAAACGUCUCUUACAUUGUCUUCCUUCGAGCAUUGCAGAAGUUUUCCACCUGCAAAGUCAAUGUCGGUAAGUGA